UCAGUGUCAAUCAGUUCAGUUAGUCAAGUGGGUCAAGUGACUUUUCUGACUCACAUUCGUUCAUUGCGAUCCGUAAAUUUCGUAGUGGUAGAGAUGCAUUCUCUUGUCACUGUUUUCGAUUUUCAAGUUACAACAAGGAUUUGUUGACUGUGAGAAACACAAUUUCAAAAUUAUUCGCUGAAAACGAGUCACAAUUUUGUAUAAUUUUUUAUUCAAUUUAUAGUGAUACGUCAAAACAUUAAAAUUGUUGUGCUAUUGUAUUUUUGGGAGAAAAGUUAGAAAAUAAUGUGCUAGAACGCAUCGAUUAAAAGACUGUUUAAGGGGAUUAGUCUUAAAGACAUUCCCGGACCUAGAAUAUAUUUUUGAAUUGGUGAACAUCAUGGAAAUGGAAACAGUCGGCGAUGUCGGAUUGGGCCUCCACGAGCCCCCAAAGUACGGAUUAAAAUUACCACUGGACCAUGAAUACCCGAUACAAAGCAAACAAUUAAUUAUACCUAAUGUGAAGCAAGUCUUUGAAAUGGCACCCUUGACUGCCAGGUACCUCAAAUAUUACAUCGGUAAAAGGUUAAGUAAGAAGAAACCUAUUAUGGACUAUGUUCACAUGAUAUCGGCUCAACGGAAAUAUGGCUGUCCUAUUGGAGGUAUCGGUGGUGGGACUAUUGGCCGGGGGUUCAAAGGAGAGUUCUGUCGCUUCCAACUAUACCCUGGCAUUUAUGAGUAUGUCUCAGUGCCCGAAUGCCAGUUCAUUGUGAACAUACGCAAUGGCAACAAUGAGACUAUUUUCCAGUCCGUUUUGUCUACAAAUAACAAACCAAGGAAGGCUCCACAUAGUUGGGAGUGGAACCUGAAUGGCGCUGACUGUGAGUACACAGCGCUUUACCCGCGUGCAUGGACCACUUAUGACCUCACUAAGUAUGGAAUAAAACUAGUAUGCCGACAGAUCUCGCCCGUUAUACCACAUAACUAUAAGGACAGUAGCCUGCCGUGCGCAGUAUUUGUAUUCACUGCUAUAAAUGUUAGCAAAGAGAAACGGGAUGUUAGUAUUAGUUUCACAUGGACUGAAGUACUUGGGGGAUCCCAUAAAAAGAAGGCUCUUGCCAAACUGGAUUUGGAAAGGUAUUCCGAGGAAUAUACAUGCGGUGUUACUCUGGAGCAAAAAAUUGCUGAUACACCAUGUACAUUCACCAUAGCUAAGAAGAAAGCCGAAAAUGAGACCAUUCACGAAGGUUAUUGCUUAUGGAAUGCGGCGAAGACUUCAGAAUAUGUAUGGGAGUGCCUAAAAAAUAAUGGUACAUUAUUACCUGACCCGAGCCUUACGCCACCUCCACCAAAAGUCCCAGACAGAGAGAAAACUAAAGAAGAAAGAGAGGCAGAGAAAAAAGAAAAACAGAAGAAAAUAUACAAAUGUGAUUCAGUAGCACUUUCAAGUGUGAUAUCAUUAGAACCUGGGUCAACUGGGUCGACGGAGUUCUGUCUCGUAUGGGACAUGCCUGUUAUAAAAUAUAAGAAGGAUAAGAAAAUUAAUAGGAGGUUUUAUACGAAGUUCUUUGGUAGCGACGGUAUAGCCGGUGCAAGCAUAGCUGCGUACGCGCUUAGGAAUUAUAGAAAUUGGGAGAAACUACUCGCAGAGUGGCAGGAUCCUAUCUUGAAUAAUAGUAAUAUACCAGACUGGUUAAAAAGUGCCUUAAUGAAUGAGCUUUAUUAUGUCGCUGACGGCGGCACGAUAUGGUUUGACGUCCAUGAUGAAUAUACAGAGAACGAUCCUAGGCAUGAGUUUGGUGUGUUCGGGUAUUUAGAAGGCCACGAAUACAGAAUGUACAAUACCUAUGAUGUACAUUUUUAUGCUUCAUUCGCGAUAGCACAACUUUGGCCUAAUUUACAAGUAGUAUUACAGUACAUGUAUCGUGACACUAUAGAAUUAGAAACUGAGAAAUGUAGACCAAACUUGUAUGAUGGGAAAUCAGUCAAGUUUAAAAUCAAAGAAUCUAUUCCUCACGAUCUUGGUGAUCCAGAGGACGAACCAUUCGCUAAUAUAAACGCGUACAACGUCCACGAUGUGAGCGACUGGAAGGAUCUGAACCUCAAGUUCAUAUUGCAAGUGAUCCGGGACUACCGGCUCCUGCGGGGACACAACGCGCCCUUCGGGAACGAAAGGUACCGCAACAUGGCCUAUAUAGACGACGUUAAGGAGGGCACGGAGGACGACCUGUACUCGAGGUCCACGGGACAGACCGACGACUCGGACCGCACCACGGACGAGUCGCCCGACCUCACGGAGCAGUCGACGCCGGUCGCGCGCGAGGAGAAGCCGUACGGCGUGGGCGAUAUACUCGACCUGUUGUACAGGAGCGCGGAGCCCGACGCAGGCGCGGGCGGCGGCGCGGCGGAGGCCGGGGCGCCCGCGGCCGCGCCCGCCGCCGCCGUGUGGCCGGCGCGCCGCUACCUGGCCGACAUGUACCCCGCCGCGCGAGCACUGCUGCGCGCCGCGCGCCGCUGGGACCACGACCACGACGGACUCAUCGAGAACGGCGGCUUCCCCGACCAAACCUUCGACGCCUGGAUCAUGACCGGACCCAGUGCUUACUGUGGAGGUCUAUGGGUGGCUUCAAUAAGUGCAGUCUGCGUAAUGGCUCGCAUUCUUGGUUACGAGGAAGAUGAAAAAGAGUUCACUAAACUGUUAGAACAAGCCAAGCAGUCGUUUGAAGAGAAACUUUGGAAUGGCUCAUAUUACAAGUUUGACUUGAAACCAGCUAAUUCUCACGUAAUAAUGGCUGAUCAGCUGGCUGGACAAUGGUUCCUUCGAUCAUCAGGCUGGAGUGAGCAAGUGUUCCCAGAAGAGAAUGUGCGCAAGAGUCUCGCUACAAUAUACGAGAAUAACGUGUUGAAGUUCAAGGGAGGCAAGAUGGGCGCCGUGAACGGUUGGAUAGCGGGACCACGUGGUCAUAUCGACACGCAAGCCAUACAGAGCGAGGAAAUGUGGACCGGAGUCACCUUCGGACUCGCUGCACUUAUGAUCUACGAAGGUAUGCAUGAGGAGGCAUUCGUGACUGCAGGAGGUUUAUACAAGACAUUAACAGACAUGGGUCUCGCCUUCGAAACUCCAGAAGCUCUGUAUGCGAAUGGAAAUCAUCGAGCAGUCGGCUACAUGCGACCUCUUUCCAUCUGGAGCAUGUACCAAGCAUUAGUAACUAGACCGCCACCCCCACCAGCAAUGGUGAAUGGACAAGCCCAUCAUGCCAAAGACAACAUGCAUUUAUAGUUUAUUAAAACUAUAACUAUCAUUAUACGAAAAACUUUUUGGACUUUUGGUAUACUGACAUGAAUUUAUUUAUAAAGUUUCGUAAUUCAUAUGGUUAGAUUGGCUAGAAAAUACCGCCUAAGUUGUUAAAUUAUAUUCUUAUGGAAAUUUAUGUGAAUCGAUUUGCUUUCGAACAAUGAAAUUGUCGAAUUGUUACUGCUUCGCAAUUAUUGUACUGCCUUAGAGGUGCCGAGCACGGUAUGUUUAGACAAAGAAAUUGGUAAUAAUACGACGAAUCAGUGAAUUGAACCUCGAAACUGCGAUCCAACGAGUUUUGGCAUUUAUUUAUUGAGGCAAUACUAUUGAUAAGUAUUUUGUACUUUCUUAAUCUAUAAUAGUAAUGAAUUUUAUGUAGAUUGUUCCACUUUAUUUUGCCUUAAUGAAAUUUUGCUUAUUUUUAAUUACAAAAAAUAAGGAGGCGCAUUCAUUAUGAAAAUCGUACGUUGUAUGAUUAUUUUCGAUAGGUAGUGUAAAUUGUUAUUUUUUUCUCAAAAUGAAAGUUUGAGAGUUAUGUUGUCUGUCGACUAGAGUGACAUUAUGUCUUCAACAUUCUGUGCAAUAUGCAUAUUAUAUUUCUGCACGUGAAUGCGUGUCUCCAUGUGAUUAUUUUAGUUAAGCAAUAAUUUUGCUUCCAUUAUAUUGUUAAACCAAUGAAACUGAAGUAUUAAGUUAGUUCCGUUGUUCGAAUUUUUAUAAUAAUUAGCAAAAAUUUUGUGCAUUUUUUAUAGUGCUUGUAUUUAUUUAACAAUAGAUGAUGUUUGUUUUAAAAUUAUUAUAAUUUAUUUUCAGUUCUUUUAAUAGUACCUAAUGAAAUUUUUGUAUUUGUCAUUUGGUGGCUUACUUAUUGUAUGCAAAAAGUAGGUGCCAAAUUAAAAUACUAACAAUAACGAAA